AUGAUCAUCUCAAUUGUCGGUAUAAAAGAUGUUUCUUUUGAAGCGGGAAUAAAAGAAAAUCAUGUCCAAAAUAAUGACAAACAGUUGGACGGUUUACAUACACCUUUAAACGAUAUUUCCUUACACAACGAUUCUAAUAACAAUCUCAGUAAUCCCCAAUUAAGAAAUGCCGCGAAUAGAAAGGUAUACAUUCCUCAUUACAACCAGUUAUGUAGAAACAAUGAAAACAAUAAUCUUAACGAACAGGUUUUUCUUAUAGCACCUACUUCGACGUCGGCGUCUUCCUCAUGUGACAUUGGUCUGAGUAACGGUAACGAUGGAAACGCCUGA